CAGCGCGCACCCAGCGCUGCGCAUGCGCGCUGACCCCGGCGGGCCCUAGCAACCAGAGCAGUGACAGUAGCAACCGCCGGGAUGGCUAAAGCAACAACCAUCAAGGAAGCCUUAGCCAGAUGGGAAGAGAAAACUGGGCAGAGGCCAGCUGAAGCUAAAGAAAUAAAGCUUUAUGCCCAGAUUCCCCCGAUAGAGAAGAUGGACGCAUCCUUGUCUAUACUUGGUAACUGCGAGAAGCUUUCACUGUCUACAAACUGCAUUGAAAAAAUUGCCAACCUGAAUGGCUUAAAAAACUUGAGGAUACUGUCUUUAGGAAGAAACAACAUAAAGAAUUUGAAUGGACUGGAAGCAGUAGGAGACACAUUAGAGGAACUGUGGAUCUCUUAUAAUUUUAUUGAAAAGUUGAAAGGUAUCCAUGUAAUGAAGAAAUUGAAGAUUCUGUACAUGUCUAAUAACCUGGUGAAAGACUGGGCUGAGUUUAUGAAGCUGGCGGAUCUGCCAUGUCUGGAGGAUCUGGUGUUUGUAGGCAACCCCUUGGAAGAAAAGCAUUCUGCUGAUGGCAACUGGAUUGAAGAAGCAACCAAGAGGGUUUCCAAACUCAAAAAGCUGGAUGGUACUCCAGUAAUCAAAGAGGAUGAGGAAGAAGAAAGUUAAGGCCAUAUUUUCCACUUUGUGUUAAUUUAUUUAAAUGUCAUGAGAACAAUAGAUAAGUUUUGUAUAAUUGUCUAUUUUAAAGAUGCUGUGUGGGACAAAAGGUUCUGAAGAGAAAACAAAUCUCUCCUUCCAUCUUUUCUUUAGCCCUAUUCAGCGUUUCUUCCCUAAGCCAGUAACAUCAACCUUAGUCUUCUUUUCGGAACUACAAAUUUUCCAUUUUUGCCUGGGGUCCCAGCUGUGCACUGUGUGGCCCCAUCUGCUGACAUUGACAGAUCAGUCAUCUUUAAUAGCAAAGGAACAAAUGCUCCUUAUUCAGUUUGUUUAGUCUUUUUAUUUUUCAGCCAGGCAUUUAAAAGAUAAACUUCCAUGUCCGUCGAGGUCCAUGUCUAUGUGACACAGAAGCACAAGUGUAUCUUCCUUUGCUUCAGAAGACAGCACGGUGACGAGAGGCCCCUCUGAACCACAGCAGCCCGAGCACUAAGACCCCCAAAGUCCAACUGGACAUGGCCUUAUUGUCCAGGAAAUGAUGCUUAUUUGUUUUUCCAAAACUGCAUUACCAACUGGCAUUUGCACUCACAUGCAUGGCCACUUGUGUCAGUCAUUGUGUGCAGUCCACCUGUGGCUCAGGCGAGGGGGUAAAGGCCAGGAGUGCGGCCGUGUGCUUGUGGGCUGGCUGCUGAGGCACACUUCCUUGGCACAUAGUUCUCUCUAUGUUUCAAAUAGUCAUCAGUGGUCCUAGCAGAAGUACCAGCCAGCAAAUACCAUCCAAAUUUGACCUAAUGAUUUUGUCUGGUGUCCCUCACUGUUACAGCUAACAGGGUACAGAUUUAAAAGAUUGAAUUUGGUCCCUCUCAAUAAACAUAGCUUAGCAUUUCAACAUGUAUAUAUUUUUUGAGAUGUUUUCAGUUAGCAGCUCCUAGUGUGUGUUCUGCAAGUUGUGAAGGGAAGAGAAGAGAUGAUUCAGAGAGAGUGGCAUGGUGGGCACGUUUGCUGCCUGGCAGAUGGCAACACAGUUGAGGGUUAUCUUCUAUGUGCAGCCUUUAGGUGACAACCCCACACUGAAAAGCAAUAGUGAGGUGCAGAGAUUGGAAUGGGUCAUGUGAGAAAAUAAUGCUUUCUGGAAAAAGGAAGAUGUCAGUGACCAGACAAAGUCCAUGCAGGCCUCGGAUGCAUCGCUAAUACAUGGCGGAAGAGACAUCAGCACUCCUCUGCCCAAUUGUGCCUAAAGUCCCCCAACCAGAGACUGCAUAUUCUUGUCUCCCCAUCUGUCUGUGAUCUCACUUCCGUUAACUCACAGUGCAAGAGGGGAGAGUGACUACCUGAGUAGUCAGAGGCCUGAGAACUUUGCAGCUAUGGUUUAGAUAGGAAUUACUAGAUUUGGGACCACUGCUUUGACAAUCAACUCUAAAUCUAAACAAGAGACCAUUCAGUCUGAUACCUUCUAGCUUCCUUCUGCUCUGCUUUUGAAUCUGACAGGAAGAAACCCCCCAGGUUUCAGAAACUAUUGGCAGUUCUUUUGUGAGUCAUGGGUAAUGAGCCUUCAUCUUCUUUGGUGAUGUUUUCUUGUUGCUUGUACUUUACCAGCAGGCAAGCUUAAAGCCAUAUUGUUAUGUUUAAGUAUAUUGCCCAAAAGUUACUCUGACAGUAGUAUACCAGGAAAUGGAUGACUUAUUAUUGAAUUUAUUUGUGAAGUGGCUUAGAGUUUUAGCGUUUGGUUUUUUGAAUUGUGUAAUACAGAAGUUAGUUGAUUUUCUGCUUUUCUGUUUAACCACUAGUCAUUAUCAGAGAUGUAAUGUGAUUUUCUUGUAUUCAUUUCAGACAAAAAGCAUAGUCAGUUCCACUUAACAAAUAUUUGAGUGACUUCUACACAUCCCUGCCAUGGAUUUAAUGCCAGAAUCCGUUUAAGUAGAUAAUAGAAGGUUGGGUAUAGGACAUAGUUCAGGAUACUCUUCUAAAUUUGUCCUUGAACUCAUCCUUUACCACUGAAAAUCCAGUUGAUAAGAAAAAUGUCCUUGGUUUAUGCAUCUGAGCUAAGAUGUUUGACAGAAUAGGAAUGGACGCUAUCUAUGCUCCUGUAUGUUCGUGUAUCAUUUGAACUUCUUAUCAUGGUACAGCUCUGGGAUCAGUCUGGUAAUCUAAAUUUUUCACAGCAAACUUGAUUUUGUCUACCAAGGAACUUAACUUUUCAGUGUUCCAUAUUUCAAAUUUUAUGGCCUAUAUGUUCUCAGAUCAUAGGAGUUUGUUCUUUUAAGCCAGAGAUUCUAAACUCUGACAGUAAUUACAUCCAGAUUCAUGGUAUGGAGGAGGCUGUGCUGUGUACUAUAAGAUAUUUAGCACCAUCCUUCACCUCUGCUCCAGGUGAGUUACACCUCCUCCUCCUCCACAGUUGUGAUAAGAAAAGAUGUCUCCAGACAGUGCCACCUGUCCCCUGGGGCGAGGUGUGGGGGAACAAAUUCUUCCUGGAGCACCAGAGCUCUUUGCUCCACCGUUCCUUUUGUCCAGGGUCCAUUUAUUUUCAGUCUGUAGCCAGGGGCCACGAGAGCGUGAAGAAAGCAGCAUGUUUCAUCAUCAUGGAAGGAAGUAAAGGGCCACUGGGGUGUCCCAUUUCUGUAAUGCUCAGUUUCAUAAAUUUCUCAUAGAAACUCAGGGCUAGAAGGCUCAACUUAUCUUUUCUCAGCAGGGUCUCACGUUUUAUUUUUUAGUAUCCUUGCUUGUCUUAGGACAGUGUUUAUUAACCUACCUCUCUGUUACUAUCAACAGAAUCCAACUUUAUGAUGGAUUGGGCUUUGACACGGAGGUUUAAUAGUUUCAGUAUACUUUUAAAAUAGAUCACUAUUCCUUGCCUAAUAAUGAACAAAUUAUUGCAGAUGGGGGGCAGAUGUUAUACACAGAGAUAUUGUAUACAAUUUAGUGUAUUUGAAGGUUAGUGUUGAUAUCAAGUUUGAAUGUGGUCAGAAGAAUGCCUGCUCCUAGCUGAUCCAUAACUUGGAACGCUUACUGGAUGGCUCCACGGAUUCCAGUGUGUAAGAAGACACUUCCACGUGGUCCUGCCUGGUAAUUUCUGUGUGAAUAGAUGCCAGUGGAUGAGAAAUAAUCUUUACUGUUGACUUAUUCUCAGAGUUGGCAAUGUCUAAGGAGUUGGAAUCUUCUACUAAAUGGAAAAGCAGCUGGCUCUCCUACAAAAGUUGGAUUUUAAUAAUUUACUUCAAAAAAGUGAGGAAAGGUCAAAGUAUCAAUCAUGAGUAGUUAUUGCCUUUGCAGUAGACUAUUUAUUUACUAAGACAAAGGUCAUAGGUUAUUGGGAAAACAAGAAAACUGCUAAACAGCAAAUUACCCUUUACCAGAAAUCUACUCCUUGGAUAUUCAUUUUUUGGUAUGUGGGCUGUUUGUGUCUAUACAUAAUGAAGCAAGAUUAUAAAUAAUGAAACAAGAGUCAGUGUAGCAAGAGUUGGUGCUUCUAACACAGCUAACUUGAUUGUGUUCCUUUAUCUUUUCUCAAGUAUGGAAUAGUUUUACUGUUAGAGAAACUAUAAAAUAGGUGAAAAUUUAAAAAUGAAGAGUUACUUUUUUUAAAAAAAUCAUUGCUUGUAGAAAUACUGUAUAUAUAUAUAUAUAUAUUCCUCCCUUUUUUUAUUCGUUGGUAACUGCAAAGGAAGAAAACUGAAAGGAAAAACUAGACUGAGUCUUAUCUUUGGACCUAAGAUAAAUAACAUUUCUCAACAUAUGAAGAAAUCAUCAUUGGGAUUUAGCUAAUUUCCCAUAUUGGGCAGGUUAAAGGGGAACCAAACAACUAAAUUAUGGUCAGAAAACUUAAAAAGGGGUACGGGAGAGUAAACUAUUUUUCCAUAGAUUUGCACUUUAAAAUGAUAACCUGGCUGUAAAGAGAAAGUACUUGCAAAGAGCAAGAUGGAUAAAUACUUAGCCAGUUAGGGAAUUACCUUUGCUCUAAGUCCACACCAGAGUCACUCUCUUUGGGCGGAAUUAUAGUUAGGAUUUCCCCACUUCCCCCCUUGGGUCAUCUCCCAUGUCUGCUACAUCCGGUUAUCUGUCUGGGGGAUUUCAAGUCAUUUUCUUACUUUGAGUUUAAAUUUUGUGACUUUCCCACAUCUGAAUCCUGAGUUAAUUUUGAUGUUGAGUAAAUUUAAGUUUUGGCCAAAUGAUGUGGUAGGAAGCUCUUAGCUUCUUUGAUCAGUGAGUAGGGGGUACCUGCCUCUGCAGUGCUAUUGCCUGGAGGGCUCACUUCUCCCAAAAGUCUGGUGAUUUGGAAGCUGAGGAGGGUAGACUUAUAUCAGGUACUCCUCCCAGGUUUCCAGUUAGGAUCAUGAGAGACAUUCUACAGUCUUUGGCUUCUAGAAGCAACUCCAUUCUGAAGAACAUUUUACCAUCUAUGAAUACUUUGGUAAUAAUCUUUUAUACACAGGAAUUUUGUAGCAUGACCUUGACUAAACUUAUUGUGUUAAAUUAUUUGGAAAUAUUGUUUCUGAAUGUUAUUUUGUGAGACUUGUUUUAAAAUAGUAAUAAAUUGUGUUGUUUUAUAAAAAAA